UUCACGCACGGUAAAUGGAGAUGAUAUAACUCAUAAAGUGCAUUUGGAAUACGCACGAAGUACGGCAAUUUUUUAUCGUAAGAAGCGAUAUUGACCUCUGGCUGAACUCCGGAUGUGUGUGGAGACUGCUGAUUGGCGGGGAAUGUGUUGGUGUGCAGUGCUUCUGUUGAUAAUGGGUGUGUCUGAAUCAGGGGAACCACCCUGGCCCUGUCCUCAAUGUUGCGAGUGCUCACCUGAAAAUCUCAUGGUCAACUGCUCCUCAAACAACUUGACCUCUGUACCUGACAACAUCAAUGCCAAAACCCAUCACUUAAACCUAGCCAAUAAUCUCCUUAAGACACUCAGACAUCGGCAGUUCUCUACUCUUUCACAGCUACAAGAACUGGAUCUGAGUGAGAACAUUCUGUCAACAAUUGAAGUGGAAGCCUUCCAUGGCCUGCAGAACCUUCUCACGCUGCGGCUGUCACAGAACCGACUCAAGAUCCUUCCAGUCGGCGCAUUCUCUGGACUUCCAAGUCUCCACCUCCUGGACAUCAGUGAAAAUGAGAUUCUUAUUUUUUUAGACUACACAUUCCGUGAGAUGACGUCUUUGCGAAAGCUGGAGGCAAGCGAGAAUGACCUUUUGUUUAUCUCCAAACGCGCCUUCAGCGGCCUGUUGAACCUACGGGAGCUGAGCCUGGACAGGUCUAACCUUACGUCGGUCCCAAGUGAGGCACUGUCACAGCUCACUGGGCUGUCAUGCCUGCGUUUAUGUCUAGCUGAGCUCACGAUACUGCCCAACAACUCAUUCAGACGGCUGGGACGGCUAAGGGAGCUGACCGUGUCCAACUGUCCCUUGCUGGGCUCACUUGCCACUAACAGCCUGAUCGGCCUAAACCUCACUUCCUUGACACUUACCUACUGCAACCUGAGCUCUGUUCCCUAUGUCCCUCUGCAACACUUGGUCUACCUGUGCUACUUGGACCUGUCCUAUAACCCCAUCAUCUCCAUCCAUCCUAACCUGCUGGGAGACCUACUUCGGCUGCAGGAGUUCCACUUGGUUGGUGGGAGUCUCCUGAGAGUGGAGCCAGGUGCAUUUCAUGGCCUCGUCUAUAUCCGCUUGCUCAACAUGUCAUCCAAUCAGCUAGUGACGCUGGAGGAAACAGCCUUUCACUCAGUGGGUACCCUUGAGGUUCUUCGGCUGGAUAAUAACCCACUCAUCUGUGACUGCCGCCUGCUCUGGGUUUGGCGUCACCAUUUGCACCUGGACUUUGACAAAAAGCCACCUAUCUGCAACUUACCUGUGCAUGUACAGGGUAGAAUGAUCCAGGACUUCACACAAGUUCAACUUCCAGGUCUGUUCACUUGUCGGCAGGCGCGUAUUCUGAACCGCAAGCCCCAGGAAGUGCGCACUGAUGAGGGUCAUACGGUCCAGUUCUUCUGCCAGGUGGAUGGAGACCCCACCCCCUCCAUCAUCUGGCUGAGCCCUCAUCGCACCCUCCUGUCCACUACUGGUCGGAUCCGUGUGUUGUCCAACGGGACCCUUGAAGUGCGAUACUCACAGGUGCAGGACAGUGGAUAUUACCACUGUUUCGCCUCCAAUGCAGCAGGGAAUGACAGCAUUUCCGUCAGUCUCCAGGUACGGGGCUUUCCUGCUUCUUCACCACGGAACCGUUCAAUCCACUUUUUCAUGGAGGGCUGGAGCUUCACAUCCACUCAGUCACCCGUCAAUGACUCCCAGGGUCUACGGCCAUUUCCAUUUGACAUGAAGACACUGAUCAUCGCUGUGACUAUGGGCUUCUUGUCAUUCCUGAGCUCGGUGGCAGUCUGUUUUGUGUUCAUGUUCUUCUGGAGUCAAAGCAAGGGGCAGAUCAAACAUACAGCCACCAUUGACUUUGUACCUCACAGUGCAGGGGCAGGACCAGCCAGAGGAGGGAGUGGUACAGAUAAUAACAGGUUGACCAUGAAGCUUUUAUGAUGAAACAAAGAAUGCAUCAGGGUUUGGAUGAUGCACUUUCAUGGUAAAGCAGAUACACAAAGCUUUUAAAUACUUAACACCCUAUUAAAAAGGAAAAUGUGUUCAGCUGUGGGUGGGCUAUAGGGGGCAGUCCUGAGGGGGUCAUAAAGCCCAUAUGAAACAGCAGAGAACACAUAAACUACUGCUUAGCCAUAAUACAUGGAGCUAAUGUGAGACGCAUGGAGCUUUGCAACUGUAACCACAACGAUUCCACCAGAAGAUCUACCAGUCUGACUUAAUUUAAGGAAGAAGGCAAAUGCAUGAAGUCUUUGAUGCAAAGAGAAGAUGCAAAAUCCAGACUGAUUUAAGGAAGUAGAGAGGCAGAGCGUCACGAGAAUAACCAAAACGUUGUUUAGUAUGAAGUCUGACUCCACAUGGGACCCAGUCUGAAGUGGCAGCAGCACAGACUCUGCUUUUUGGGACCUGCAUGACAGCAUGAGAUUAUUUAAAGAUGAGUCCUGUGUUUAUAGCUUUAAAGGCUUGAGUGCAUGAGUGCAUGUCGUGAGAUGUUACAUGUGCUAAAAUUAGGUGAUGUAUGAUUAUGCACAAUAGGCAGAAGAAUACGUAUGAAUAGGUAUGUACUCCGUUGUAUGCAUUAAUUUUUUUUCUUGAUUGCCUAAAGCUACUGCAAAACAGAAUCAACCUUCACCUGAGAGUAACAGCAGUGUUCUGUAGUGAGAAAUAAAAGCUAAAGCUUCGCAUUUCAUUUGCCAAACGCACCACAACAUGGAAGCUUAAACUGGCACAGAAGCAGAUUCACCAAAAAACAAAACAGGUGUUCAUAUGAAACUGUUCUUUUGCAAAUCCCUGUUUCACCUACUGAUCAGAA